GAAAUCAGGAAAUCAAUUUUCUCGGCAGUUCGGUCCACGUCUAAGUUCUAACCCCCAUCCCUUUUUAUAGGCGCGCCCAUUGCACCGGUAAAAGACUUCAGACUGCUUCUUCUUCGUCCCCACCAUAUAAUCUCUCUCUCCACUCCCACACUCUCCUCCUCCAUUCCCAAUCUCCAUUUCAUUUAUGGACAGAGGAUGGGGUCUUGCCCUUAACUCCGAUCCCAGUUCCGCCGGUUUCCUCCUCCCCAAACCGUCGUCGUUCCUGAAGCCCAGGCCCACUGCUGCUGUUGCUGCUGCUACGGCUGCUACGGCCAAUUCUGCUGCUGCUCAUCCUAUCGUGGACUCCAGCGGAGACAUGUUUUCCCGCAUCGAGUUCCUCGGCCGUGGGGAGGAUCGGCCUGCCGCCUCUGCUGCCGCGGCAGAGCCGCCGCCGCCCCCCAACGAGAACCGGGCCGUGGUCGGCGAGGUGGACUUCUUCUCCGACAAGAAUCGGUUGCGCGGUUUGGAUAACUCCAAGACCGCCAGUACUGCUGUUGAUGUCAAGAAGGAAAAUUCCGGUGGCGGUGGCGGUGGCGGUGGCGAAGCUGAUCCCAGGUCCGAUUUGGAUGUGAACACUCGUUUGCAUCUUCUUACUGCCAAUACUGGAAGCGAUCAAUCAACAGUAGAUGAUGGAAUUUCCCCAGAACAUGCAGAAGAUAAGAGAGGCAAGAGUGAGCUGGCGAUGUUGCAAAUGGAGCUAGAACGGAUGAACAAGGAGAACCAGAAGUUGAAGGAGAUGCUAGCUCAAGUCACCAACAACUACAGCACCCUGCACAUGCACUUCCUCACCUUAAUGCAGCAUCAACAAAACCGACCGGCAGAUGCACCCCAUGAGGCUAAUGAAGAUGGAAAAUCUGAAGAGAAUAAGCACGAGGGUGCACUGAUUCCUAGACAGUUCAUGGAUCUUGGUCCUAGUACCGCUACUGCCGAGACCGAUGAGCCUUGUGACUCUUCGUCCGAAGAACGAACCCGCUCGGGAUCGCCUCCGAACGCUUCCGAAAUCGUUUCGAAGGAACAAAAAAGUACCAACAAAAACGAUAUAGUUUCGAUUGAUGGCAGGGAUGAGAGCCCGGAGUCUGAAACACAAGGAUGGGUUUCGAACAAGGUUCCAAAAUUAAACUCCCCGAAACCUAUGGCUAUGGAUCAGUCCGCCGAAGCCACCAUGAGAAAAGCUCGUGUAUCGGUUCGAGCCCGGUCCGAAGCUCCCAUGAUCACUGACGGAUGCCAAUGGCGAAAAUACGGACAGAAGAUGGCGAAAGGAAAUCCUUGCCCGCGCGCAUAUUAUCGGUGCACCAUGGCUGUUGGCUGCCCAGUUCGCAAACAAGUUCAACGUUGCGCGGAAGACCGAUCGAUCCUCAUUACUACUUAUGAAGGCAACCAUAACCACCCGCUCCCGCCCGCGGCGGUGGCCAUGGCAUCCACCACAUCGGCCGCUGCAAAUAUGCUUCUAUCCGGCUCGAUGUCGAGCCCGGACGGGUUGAUGAACCCUAAUUUUCUAGCGAGGACGAUCUUGCCAUGUUCAUCGAGCAUGGCAACGAUAUCGGCCUCGGCCCCGUUCCCAACCGUGACCCUUGACUUGACCCACACCCCAAGCCCACUUAAUUUCCAAAGACCCUCCCCCCAGUUCCAAGUCCCAUUCGGUGGUGCGGGUGCACCUCAGGGCUUCGCCACCGUGCCGGCGCAGCCCAUGCCGCCUCAGGUUUUCGGACAAGCCCUUUACAACCAGUCAAAGUUCUCUGGCCUCCAGCUCUCCCAAGACCACAUGGAAACAGCCCAACUAGCCCACCAAGCUCCACCACCGCCACCGCAACCACAACCGCAACUACACCACUCGCCACAACAGCCCUCUUUGGCCGACACCGUGAGUGCGGCAACCGCUGCAAUCACCGCCGACCCCAACUUUACCGCCGCUCUCGCGGCAGCCAUCACCUCCAUCCUCAAUGGUCCUCGCUCGAACAAUAACAAUAAUAACAAUAAUUCCGCAUCGCCACGGCCGCUGCUACUGCCGCCAACCUCACCGCGGCAAUGAGGGAACAACAGCAUCGACAGUGAAUCAAAAUCAGCAGUUCUUUUUUCUUUGUUUUAGUUUGAGAUCAAUGGUCCAAUUUUUUCUUGGUCUUUUUUUUUUUUUUUUUUUUUCCUUUUUUGAAAAAUUGGAUGUAUGUUGUUUAAUUUGUUCACUUUGGGUUGAGGAUGUUGUGAUCACAUGUUCAUAUUUUUUUUGAUCCCUUACAGUUGGGGAGGAUAGAACCCAUCUUGAUUCUUUUCUUGUUAUUCCAUUUUGAAUAAGUUGAUUCAAUUUUUUUAGUAAAUACAGAAAAAAAAAUUAUAUAGUUUACAUA